AUAGUUACCAGUGAUACUGGGAUACUACUCGGAAGUGAAUAGUUGCAACUUUUGGCUUUGAAUUCUUUCCAAAUUUGUUACCAGUAGCGUUGGUGUUAUAUUUACUUGACAAUAUUUUGGUAGUGACUAGUAGGCAGCAAAGAGAUAAUUGAGUGAAUAAUUAUUAUAGUGACGUUGAAAACAAUACUAGCACCUAUUGUGUUACUUAUUAAUAAUGAAAAUAAUACUAGUUGCAGUAAGAUAUGCUAGUUAGUUUUUCAGGAGCUAAUGGUAAAACAUCUUGCCAUAAGAUGCUUUUGCCAGCCAAAUUAUGCACAGAGUUUGGCAAGGUCACUGGACAGAGCUAUCGUGUAGCCCUGCUACAUUAUUUAUUAUGGAAACAAAUACCUAAUAAAAACUAAAAGAAACCAGUAAUAUAAGUAGGAUUAGUGUGUGUCUUAGAGUCAAAUAGGCAAACACACAUUCACUUUCUUUGCUUUGCUCGUUCACUCAGGGUUUUUUAGCUAUUAAAAGCAGUGUGAGCCAUCUGUCUCCUUGUGCACAAAUGCAGGUAUAUACAGCUGGUACAUACUCAACCUUCACAUCUCACGAGGGCUAAACAACAGCUGUCAAGAACAACAUGCUCUGUGUCUGAUUGGGCUAUGGAAGGAAACGGUCAAAGUCACACUCUGUUUCUGUGUUUUAAGGCCCUGAAUGGACGCUUUCUUCAGCCUCUCUCCCUGUCAUGUGGGUCGUUGCGGUUCGUCAGCUUCUCCUUCAAGGCUGCAGAUCUUACCAUAGAGAGGAACCCUGCACUGAAGCCAAAGCCAGACCCCUCAACCCUUGUGUUCGGCAAGCAGUUUUCAGACCACAUGCUGACAGUCAGCUGGUCUGAAGCAGGAGGAUGGCAGGCACCUCAGAUCAAGCCCUUCCAGAAUCUGUCCCUUCACCCUGCUUCCUCAGCCCUGCAUUACUCCAUAGAGCUAUUUGAGGGCAUGAAGGCUUUCCGGGGAGUAGAUAACCGUAUCCGUCUCUUCAGGCCUAUGCUGAAUAUGGAGCGCAUGUACAGGAGCACCGAGAGGAGCUGUCUGCCUUUGUUUGAUAAGGGCGAACUGAUAAAGUGUAUCAAUAAACUGGUUGAGAUCGACCGAGAAUGGGUUCCUUACUCCACAGAUGCCAGCCUGUACAUCAGACCAACGUUUAUAGGAACUGAACCUUCCCUAGGUGUGUCUCGAGCAGGUCAUGCUUUGCUCUUCGUCAUCAUUGGGCCUGUUGGACCUUAUUUUGCAACUGGAGGCUUUAGUCCGGUGUCAUUGCUGGCAGAUCCUCGAUAUGUGCGGGCCUGGAGGGGUGGCGUUGGAGAAUACAAGAUGGGAGGUAACUACGGGCCGACAAUUGCUGUUCAGAGUGAGGCGGCCAAGCAGAAAUGCCAGCAGGUCCUUUGGCUGUACGGAGAGAAUGAGGAGAUCACGGAGGUUGGAACCAUGAAUCUCUUCAUCUACUGGACCACAGAGAAAGGAGAGAAAGAACUGGUCACCCCUCCACUGGAUGGCAUCAUUCUUCCAGGAGUGACCAGGCAGUCGCUGCUGGACCUUGCUAGAGAAUGGGUGAGAAACAAGAAUGGAAAGGGGGAAGUUUUUCAACUCUCACCUUCAUGUGUUCUCUAAAACAUUA